CCGUCGACGAAGCAGGAAGAAGGAGAAGAAGAAGACGCGGGAACAAUGGCGGCGACAGGCAAAACGGUGAAGGAUGUAUCUCCACACGAGUUCGUAAAAGCGUACGCUGCCCAUCUCAAACGCUCCGGCAAGAUUGAGCUGCCACCGUGGACAGAUAUAGUGAAGACUGGUAAACUUAAGGAGCUUGCUCCUUAUGACCCUGACUGGUACUACAUCAGAGCCGCAUCGAUGGCAAGGAAAGUGUAUUUGAGAGGUGGACUUGGAGUUGGUGCGUUUCGUAGGAUCUAUGGAGGAAGCAAGAGGAACGGAAGCAGACCACCUCAUUUCUGCAAGAGCAGUGGUGGUGUUGCUCGUCACAUUCUUCAGCAGCUUCAGACUAUGAACAUUGUUGACCUUGACACUAAAGGGGGAAGGAAGAUUACAUCAAGUGGUCAGAGAGAUCUUGAUCAAGUCGCAGGAAGGAUCGCAGCCGCCAUCUAAAAUCAACAACACAGGCUUAUGUGUUUGAGAUUUAGAUAUAUGGAAUGAGAGUUUUCAUUGGAAACCAGUAGUGGGUAUACCUUGUCUCAUUUUUGUUUUGUUUUGAUGAGUUGUUUUUCUUUUGUACCUCUUAUCUUUCUCUGAGCAGACUUAUGGGUAUAUGCAAUUUGAUCUAGUCCCGACCUUGUCUUCAUUUUAUUGAAUUUUUAGCUAUAUAUCAUAGAAUAAGUACAACAAGUUUGUCAAAAACAAAUUCAACGGAAGAAAAAUAGAUCAAUUUACU